AUGAUGCAGGAUGAAACUCCGCGAUACAUGGCCUCCACCAGCUCCUGGCAGCAGCGGGCACGAAGUCCAACAGGCGGCCAGCGGCAAGCCGAGCGAAGCAAGCGACGGCAGUUCUCCUCUGGGCAGCUUGAAGUACUGCCAAAGGAGGGAGAGACACAGGAGCACAGAGGCAGUCCAUCUCUCGAGGAGCUCCAAAGAGUUCAGAAGACCUUGGCUGCGCGGCUAAUCAAGCUGGACGAGGGUCUCCGUGAACGAGAUUCGCAGCUUGCAGAGCUGCGAGCCAGGUACCAGGAAGUGCAGAAAACGAACGAGGAGUGGCGCAGCCGUGCCUGCAACGCUGAGGAGGAGAUGGCGGUGCUUCGGCGCAUGUUGGAGGAACGGACGGAAGAGAUCCAGAGGUUGCAGAGCCAACUGUCAGAAGCGGUUGCUGGGCGCUGA